CACUGAAACAAAAGAACGUAAUCAUCUAUACCUCUCUUUUGCCCUUAUUUUCCAGGGAAGCACAGCUUUUUGUUGAAAAAUUUGAAGGUGCUCUUGGAAAAGGAAAGGGAAAAAAGUUCUAUGCAUACAAAGUGAUGAUGACCAAGAAAUGGAUGAAAUUCCAAAGAGAUUUUGAGAAUUUUAAGACAGCCUGCAUACCCUGGGAAAUGAAAAUUAAAGAGAUUGAAAGUACUGUUUUCAUUGCAAUGAGUAGAAUUUUUGCUGUCAUCUGGAAGCUCUCAAAAUCAUGUGUUGUGAGAAGAUCCCAGAAAUUUGCCCUGGAAGGUUUGGAGAACUACGGGUGGUGGGAAAGAAAUGAAGUAAACAUGGUCAUGUCACUUUUGGGAAUGUUCUGUCCAACCUUAUUUGAUGUAAUCAGUUCUCUGGAAAACUACCAUCCUCGAAUAGCUCUAAGAUGGCAGCUUGGACGAAUAUUUGCUCUUUUUCUUGGCAAUCUCUACACUUUCAUUAUUGCCCUAAUGGAUGAAAUCAAUCUCAAGUUGGAAGAAGAAAAAAUAGUCAAGUAUAACAUGACAAUAUGGGAAGCCAGUCUGUACAAUGGCACUAUUUCAGAAAAUUCAACUGCUCCUCCAAUACAGGUGGACCCUGCAGAUGUUCCCAGAGGACCAUGUUGGGAAACAAUGGUAGGCCAGGAAUUUGUACGGCUGACAGUCUCUGACACGAUGACAACAUAUAUCACAAUUCUAAUUGGUGAUUUCUUGAGAGCUGUAUUCGUUAGGUUUUUCAAUUACUGCUGGUGCUGGGACUUGGAAUAUGGAUUUCCAUCAUAUUCAGAAUUUGAUAUAAGUGGGAAUGUGCUGGGACUGAUAUUUAAUCAAGGCAUGAUCUGGAUGGGAUCUUUUUAUGCUCCAUGUCUCCCAGCAAUCAAUGUGUUCCGACUCCAUACUUCAAUGUACCUGCAAUGCUGGGCAGUGAUGUGCUGCAAUGUUCCCCAGGAGAGAGUCUUCAAAGCCUCCAGAUCAAACAACUUCUACAUGGCCAUGUUGCUUUUCAUUCUCUUUCUUUCUACACUGCCUGCUGUGUACACCAUUGUCUCCAUUCCACCAUCUUUUGAUUGUGGCCCUUUCAGUGGGAAAACAAGAAUGUUUGAAGUCAUAUCAGAAACUCUGGAGCAUGACUUCCCUUCUUGGUUUGGGAAGGUAUUUGGUUAUGCCUCUAACCCUGGACUCAUCCUACCUUUUAUAUUAUUGAUGGUGUACGUAUAGAAUAUUAACUGUCAUCUUACUUAAUACUUAAUGAAAAGUCUGUUCAUUUUCUUUUA